AUGACAGAGACCACAGUGGACCUCAAGAACCUCAUGCCCACUGAGAGGAAGUCCACAUGGAGGACAGCUGAGGAGAGGCGAAUGUCUGACCUCACUCGGGUGCUGGAGUGGCUGGAACGCAGGCGAGGCAAGAAGAGACUCCUGUUGCAGAAGCAAAAGGUCAAGGAUGAGGUGGCCCCUGGAGCAAGUGAGAAGGCAGACAAGAAAGGAGCAGGCUCUAAGAAGAAGGACGGAAAGAGUCAGAGGGAGACAGCCUCCAGAAAGGGCAAAGAGCAAGGCACCAUUAAGAACAGUGGCUUUGCCAAGUACUCCUGGAUGUAUGGACUGGAUCUGAAGAACAAGCAGACCGCAGCCUCCGCCAAGUUCAGCAAGGAUGGCCUGAGGAGUUCUGGCACACUGGGAUCCAGAAGAGAAUCCGAAGCCCCAGAAUUGGACAUCAAGGACGCCAUCGCUCUCGAGUCAACCCAGAGACCAAACCCAUUCCGACGACAAAGUUCCACUGUGGAUCCCAUGGCGCAGGACUCGAUGUUUAACACCCGGAAGGUGACCCUCCUGAGAGAAUGGUCGAGCAAGAUGCCCGAUUCCAGCUACGAACGGAAACUGAAGAGUCUCAUGGAGAAGGGUACCGAGCCCAAGAUAGAGACUGCCAAAAUGCUGAAGCCCGAAGAGGUGUUGAGCUGCCGGUACCUUCGUUUGUCCAAAAACAACAUUCGGACCUUGGUCAAACUUUGCAAGGACGCGGGGUUGGACGUGGACAUCCACCCGCACAUGGUGGAGUCUGAGAUAGACUCAAAGAAGGUGUUCGACCGCCCUGGCAGAGGCACUUAG